UUAAAAAAUAUUUGUUUGAUUUUUAUUUUGCAGACUUUACAGCUAGAAGCAUGGGGACUCCGAAGCCUCUUUCCAUCUGUUUCUCUUUGUACCAAAUCAGAGGGCUCUAAAACAGAUGUGGUGGCACCUCAGGAGAGCACCAAGCUGCUGGCCACCAAAACAGCAGCUGAAUUUCCUAAAAAGUUGUUUACUAAUUCUCACUCAGCACCUGCAAAUAAAGAUGAGACCAAGACCAUAGCUAGUACUAGCCCCAAUGAAGCUUUAAAUGUAAGAGAUGAAGAUCUGAGGAAAUUCUUGUCAAGAAAAACAUUGGUAUCAUUUCCAGAGCGAGUAACACUUCAUUCACUUGAGGGAAAAGCUUCUGUCACAAGAGGAGAAGGCUUGAGCAAGAAGUUGGCUGAGGAAGACUCUUCAUCCAGCUCUGAAUCAGAUUCUAGCUCUGAUUCUGAAGAAGAUGACAGUGCCUCAGAAGUUGCCUCUAAAACCAGAGUAGAGUUUCCAAGGCGAGAUCCCUUCUUUUUUGAGAACAGAAUGGUGAAGAUGACAUUGGCAGAAGAGAGCUUGUCCCAGAAAAGAGAUGGAGAAUAUAUACCUAAGAAGAAGCCUUACAAACCAAAAAUUGAGGUGCCUCACAUCAAGAACAUGGAGGUUGAUAAAACAGCAACAGCCAACAAUAAAAUAAUAAGAAAACCUUCCAUAAAACAAAGCCCAAACAGGAUAGAUUUUCAGAAGUCAGUCUCAAAAACACAGGCUGAAGAAAGCCAACAGCCAACAACUAUCAAACUUAAGAAAUCUAGGCACUUGGUAGAAACUCCCAUUGGAGCCCCGGCAGCAGCACAGCUAAAAGUUCCACCAGGGUUCCAGCAAGAAGUGGAACAAAAACGAACUGUAUUGAGAUCAGUGGAAGCCAAGAAAAGGGAGAUGCAGGAGACUGGGACAAAAGAAGAAGCUUCUCCUAAACCAGAAGAGUUUUUGAAGGACAAAGCAUUCAUGGUAAACACUGCCAUAGUGGAAGAGAUCAGUCAAGAUGCAGGUGCUCAGACUGAAGAGCAAGGCACGAUACAUGAGACCAAAACAGCUGCUGUGUCUGCACAGGAAGAAUUUGAUAAUUCUACCUACAAGAAUCUCCAGCAUCAUGAGUAUAAUAUGUAUACCUUUGUGGAUUUUGAUGUGGAGCUCUCAAAAUUCAGACAGCCUCAGCCAUCAUCAGGAAGGCUAUCCCCAAGGCACUAAAAGAACCAAGAUGAAAACAAAUAUUGAAGCCCAUACUAAUGAAUUGCUCUGACAUUGCUGCAUUAUCUAUAUUGUAAGAUAAAUAAAUAAAUGUGCAGUAACUUAGACUGAUGGAUAUGAA